ACACCGGAAGUGUCUGCCCAGGGUUUGUCGAAGAAGUGCUAACGGCUACGCUAAUGCAUUUUAGAGCUCAAUGCGAUUCUCUGACUGGAUGUUGUCAUCUCCAUCUCGGACACAAGUCUACACACUAUCACCAUGCUACCGCAGCAGUGAACCUUCUUCACGGCAAUACAAAUAAACGACUGCAUAUCCUUCUGCUUAUCCAAGCGGUGAAACUAGGCAGGUGUGAAUGACAGACGUGGUGGCAACCACCGCCCUCAGUGAAAUAAAGCUCCGCCUACUCUGCCACGAUGACAUAGAGAGAAUAAAAGUGCUCUGUGGCGAGUGGUUUCCCAUUGAGUAUCCAGACUUAUGGUACCAUGACAUCACAUCAAAUAAGAAGUUCUUCUCUCUGGCUGCCACCUUUAGAGGGGGAAUUAUUGGGAUGAUUGUGGCAGAAAUAAAAAGCAGAACGAAAGUGCACAAAGAGGAUGGAGACAUAUUGGCCUCCAGCUUUCCUGUUGACACCCAAGUUGCGUACAUCCUGAGUUUAGGGGUCGUGAAGGAGUUUCGAAAACAUGGAAUAGGCUCUCUGUUGCUGGACAGUUUAAAGGAGCACAUCUCCACCACGGCACAGGACCAUUGUAAAGCCAUCUACUUGCAUGUGCUCACCACCAAUAACACUGCCAUUCACUUCUAUGAGAACAGAGACUUUAAACAGCACCAUUAUUUACCGUAUUACUACUCUAUACGAGGAGUGCUGAAGGAUGGCUUCACCUACGUCCUGUACAUCAAUGGUGGACAUCCUCCAUGGACUCUUUUUGAUUAUAUUCAUCAUAUAGGUUCGGCUCUGGCCAAUCUGAGCCCCUGCUCAAUUCCUCAGAGAAUUUACCGCCAAGCACAGAAUCUGCUGCGCAGCUUUCUGCCCUGGUCCAGCAUCUCUUCCAAGAGCGGCAUUGAGUACAGCAGAACCAUGUGAGGUCACGACAGCGCAGGGAGGAAGAGAUUGAUUUGUGUGGGUCACAUCAGAAGGUGAAGAGGAAUGUGAAGACUGAUAUCAGAUCUCUGUCUCGACUCUUGAGCAGUGUAUUAUACUUGUACAUUUUAUGUGUAUAUACAUAUAUAUACUUUAAUUAAUAUAUUAUGCACAGUCAUUAUUAGAUUGCCCACUUAAUAUAAACUCUCCACGUUGCCUGUAAUUCUGUUGCUGUGUAGAAAUAUUCUAUUGUUUAUCUGGACUUUUUGAUAUAAAUAGAUUUUUUUUUUUGGUGGCUGUUUUAUAAAGAUGAUUUUAAGGUUGGAUGGUAGAAGUAUGCAUACGUUUUAAUUUAGUCACUGUCAUGCAUGUCUAGUGUGUGUGUGUGUGUGUGUGUGUGUGCUGGAACACUUUGACACUAAUCUUAUAUUUUAGCCUCCAUUUUUAAUUUUUUUUAAUAACAUUUGCACAGAGGCAAUGAAUGUUGUGUUGCUUUGAAGAAAGAAAGAAAACAAAAACGUUACAGACAACCCUCCAUCUCACCAAAUGUGUAUUGCUACUGUCAAAUGCAAAUGUGAAAAAACCUUUUUAAAUUGAGAUCAACUUAAUUUAGCUAGAGUUACAUCCUGCCCUUCCAUGCAGUGUUCUUUCUGUUCUUUUAAAGGGGAGAUAAAUGAAUGUUGUGGGGAACAGAAAUGCUUGAGUUUCAGUUUGUUGCUGUGAAUCAGGGAUUUACUCACAAAAUAAACAGAUUUAUAAAUGAACACUCCUGCAUUACAAGACUUACAAUAUCAAAAAAGUUUUUUAUCAGUGUUUGACCAUCCAUUCAUGAUGCCUUUGAUGAAACGCACUAGUUCAUCAGGAAAGAAAGUUUACAGACAAGCAUUUCUACAAGAGAAGUCUUACAGAAACGGUUCUAUCGAAUGGAAAUGGUCUUAAAAAAUAAGUUCCGUCCAUCUUCGGUUCUGUAAAAACAAUCUGAAAAAAAUUGAGUUUUCAAAAAGACAAAAUAGCAUGUACUGUAUGAAUAGCUGUUUUGAACAAGUUCUCAAUAUACUGUAGGUAAUGGAACCACUAUCACCUUGUGCUUUUAAGUUUGAUAUUGUGUGUAAAUCUACAAUUAUCCUCCAGUCUUUUUAAUGUUGCAUUCUCGUGAACUGGUACAUUGUUGUGUUUUACAUUUCAUUGUAUUACAUUUUCAUUCUGUAGUAUCUAAAUGGGAAAUGUUUUACGCUCUCAUAGUAAAAAAUACAAGAAGAGAAGAUGGAGAACAUGUAGGUGACAUGAAAUAUUGAAAGCAGUAACUGAAAUGUUUUUCAUAAUCUUACCUGACAGUCUCUGAAUUGUGAAGCACCCUUUUUUUAAUGUCCACAAAAUGAAUUGUAUUGUUGUA